GUGAUAUAUCACAUGAUCAUCAGAGGUGCUUUUCUGUCUUUAAUAAAAGACUUGGCAGAGCUCUUCCAUGGGAGAAUUUGUCCCAGUAAACCACAACACACAUACAAAAAGCCACCAGUAAUAUGCCAGAUCAUUAUCUAUUGCUGCAUUACCACUGUUGUCUGUUAAUGUUUUAGCGAGAAGCCCUUUACCCACAGAUAACCUGCAUGCGUCCCAGUUAGGUAUCAUAACUCCAUCUGUUUGAUCAGCCCAGGGUGUUUUCUCUCUCUGUUUGUACUAAGCAAGUGAAACAGUUAAGUCUGAAGUUCACGGUGAAGCAGCAUGUGCGCUUCUUUCAGAGCAUUAGCUACGGCCAGCUUCAUCCAAACAAAAUGGGCGUCCUUUUUGGAUUAUACAUUUUAGGGAUUAUAUUCACAGCCGUUCUUUUACUUCUAUUGGCAUCUACUACGCUUAUCCAAUCAUUGGCAAUGCACUGCAGUUUAAAGCCAAUGCAGGCGAUUAUUGAGGGCACAAAUGAAAACAGACACCUUCCUCUAGCAAAGGUGUGGGUGGGUCCAGUCCCCUUUCUGAUCUUGUAUCAUGCAGAGAAUAUUGAGGUGGUCCUCAGCAAUUCCAGACACCUUGACAAGUCAUACUCAUACAGGUUCCUGCACCCCUGGCUCGGCACAGGCCUGCUCACCAGCACAGGGGAGAAGUGGCGUAACCGGCGGAAAAUGCUGACUCCAACCUUCCACUUCUCCAUCCUCUCCGACUUCCUGGAGGUGAUGAACGAACAAACCGAUAUUUUGAUACAAAAGAUGCAGAAGCACAUGGACGGAGAGCCAUUCAACUGCUUCAGCUACAUAACAUUAUGUGCUUUGGAUAUCAUAUGCGAAACUGCAAUGGGAAAGAAGAUCUAUGCUCAGAGCAAUUCUGACUCUGAGUAUGUCCAAAGUGUCUAUAAGAUGAGUGACAUCAUCGCCAAGAGACAGAGGGCACCAUGGCUGUGGCCAGACUGGAUCUACAAUAAGUUAGAGGAAGGCAAAGAACAUUCCAGAAGACUGAAGAUUCUCCAUUCCUUCACUGCAAGUGUCAUCAAGGAAAGAGCAAAGUUCACGAGCUCUGAACCUGACUGUGAUUCUGACCAGGGGCCUAGGAAAAGACAGGCCUUCCUAGAUAUGCUGUUAAAAACUACUUAUGAGGAUGGACAGAAUUUGAGUCAUGAGGACAUUCAGGAGGAAGUGGACACCUUCAUGUUUGAGGGUCAUGAUACCACAGCAGCUUCAAUGAACUGGGCUUUACAUCUGAUUGGCUCCCAUCCUGAGGUCCAGAAGGCAGUGCAGGCAGAACUACAGGAAGUGUUCGGUUCGUCAGACCGCCACGUGGGGGUGGAGGACUUGAAAAAGCUGCGCUACCUGGAGUGUGUCAUCAAGGAGAGUCUGCGGAUCUUCCCCUCCGUGCCUCUGUUUGCACGCAGCAUCUGCGAGAGCUGUCAGAUCAAUGGCUUCAAGGUCCCAAAAGGAGUGAAUGCUGUUAUCAUACCAUAUGCUCUUCACCGGGACCCGCGCUACUUUCCAGAACCUGAGGAAUUUCGACCGGAAAGGUUUCUGCCAGAGAACAGCAAUGGGAGGCAUCCAUAUGCGUACAUCCCUUUCUCUGCAGGGCCAAGAAACUGCAUUGGCCAGCGCUUCGCCAUGAUGGAGGAGAAGGUAGUUCUUGCUAUGAUCUUGCGUCACUUUGACGUAGAGGCGUGUCAGAGCCGUGAAGAACUGCGGCCUCUGGGGGAACUCAUUCUGCGUCCCGAGAAGGGCAUUUGGAUCAAACUACAAAGAAGAACCAAAUAACUCUCACCACCAUUAAAACUUAAGGUAGCUUUAUUUCUCAAAUCACUGGCGUGCUAGAGAGUUGUUGUGCUGCUAUGAGCAAAUUCAAACACAGCUUACUGACUUUAUUUUAUUUUAUUUUUUUUACAUUUUCUGUGCUGAUUUUAUUGGAAAUUCUACAAUGGAAAAAGGAGAGCUGAGAGCACCAGACUUGUAUCAGUAGCUAAAGGCGUAAUCAAAUUAGUCAAAAUAUUAUAUAAACAAACGCCCAAGGGGAGGCAGAAGUUUGUGAAUGACAGGCGUUCAGAACUUUCUGCAGAGUUCUGAUUCCAUGUGGAGCUAGUUAUAAGUUAGAAAUAGUGUACAGCCAGCCACUCAAUAGCACAAAAUAAGCCAAGAUAGGGUGAUCAGUUUAUUUACUACCCCAACACAGCUACUUACCAUAUAAAUGUACAUAAUAUAUUGAUUUAUUUGAGUUUAAAUUAUUUCAUCAUGAGAAAAGAAAUAGACUAUAGAACAUGAAAUUUGCACAGGAAGUGCAACAACUAUAAAUUAUGCAGUCUAGUGGUAAUUAAAUAAAUAUAUCUAACCACAGAAUGACUUACAUACCUGAUAUCAGUAUAUUAGAAUCAAGUCUGUAAAUCAGCUGAAUUGAGGCAAAACUAUUUUUCUUACCUAUGUAUUGAAAACAAAUGUGUA